UUGGUUUUGUAGGUGAGAGUGGUUACAUUCGUACAAGUGCUUCUCAGCUGAAAUGCAUUUGAAAGGUGCCGAGAUCAAUGAAGCAAUUCCUCGUUUUUCCCUUGAAACAUCGGUUCUCAAAUUAAUGAUUGAAGCAAUGGAAUAUAAUGCAAACAAAGUAGCUCAGAUUGAAGAUUCUACAGGCAAGACAUUCACUUUUGCUGAUAUCCUUGCGCAAAGCAAGGCAAUCUCCACAGGACUCAGACAAACUGGCAUCUCUCCAGGAGACUAUGUUGUGCUUUGUUGCAGAAAAAGUUGUCUCGCCUUUGCCGUUGAACUGGGUGUCAUGUUUACUGGGGCCAUUCCAGUCUUGGUUGAUGUGAAAUCUGCCAGUGAGAUUCACAAGUACAUCUCAAAACAAAACAUUAAAGCAAUUUUCUGUGACAAGACAGAGAUACAUCUAGUAAAUCAAUCAAUAACAGAAAUUAAUCCAAAACCAAUUUUGGUUGCCGCAAUGGAUGUCAAUGGCACCACUAUGAAAAAAAUACUUUUGUCCAGUGAUACAUUUUCAGUUUACGAAGUAACCGAUAUCAAAAAGAAGGUAGUUUUGGUGUUGUUUACCAGUGGAACCACAUCAAGUCCUAAGGGGGUUCAGAUAACAGAUUUGGGUCUCCAGCGACUUGCAUACUCCUUGGGUGAUGAAUUUGUUGAGUCUUAUUUACUGACAAGUCCAUUCUCAUGGAUCAGCUGCACUAUGUCCUUGGUGUCCAGCCUGCUCAAAGGAUACUGUCUUGUCCUCAGUGAAGCAAAGGAUCCUGCCUCUCAGUUCAAAACCAUUGAAAAAUAUAAAGUCAAUGGAUGGACUGUAUCUUCCAGCAGUAUGAAUCUUUAUGUCAAGGAACCCACGCUAUCUUCAGUGGACCUCUCAUCACUAACAGUGAUAAAUGUUGGAGGAGCUGUUGUAAGAAAGAAGACGAUUGAAAAUUUUAAUUCACAAGUUUUGAAGGGUAGGAUCGGGGUGCAAGUCUUGUACGGGAUGACAGAAAUUGGAAUCAUUACAACAUGGAACAAACACAAUCUACUAGAUCUUUCCAAAGCCGACUCUUCAGGCUACUUAGCUCCUGGAGUGGAAGUGAAGAUUACAGAUGAAGAAGGCCACCUAGUAGAACCAGGAAGCGUAGGGGAAGUAAGGACUCGGUCUCUUUCUACAAUGCUGGGCUACUGGGGACAACCUGAUCUAAAUCCUCUGUUGUUUGACUCUGACGGAUUCUUCAAGACUGGAGAUGCUGGUUAUUUUGAUAACGAAGGUUUCCUUUAUAUUUCUGGAAGAGUGAGCGAUAUUAUAACCCAGGGAGCUUCCAAGGUUUCAAUAUCUGAGAUGGAAGACCUGCUAAAGACCCACUCUAAAGUGAUAGAUGCUGCAGUUGUAGCUAAACCCGACCCGAAGUCUGACUCUUACAAACUGAUUGUCUUCAUUAUGGUCAAGUCAGGCUGUCAAGCCUCAGGAACAGAAAUAUCAGAGUAUCUCUCAGAACAAACCGGAGGUGCAGUUAGUCUAGAGGUUCAUGAGAUUGAGACAAUUCCUCGAACUCCGUCCAACAAAAUUCACAGGGGCUUGCUGCUUAGCAUGGCUGAUAAGCUCUGCACAUGAUGUCAUCAAUCAAGGAGUUAUAAAUAUUUGUCUUAAGUUUACAUAAAAAAGUAAUAUAAAACAUCAAAAUAAUAGGCUAAGAAAAAGAACUAUCCCAUGUUAUAAUAAAAUAUACCACCGUCACAGCAAAACUGAAGACUAAGAAAAUUUCUAAAAAGUAAAUCGGUUUCCGCGUUUAGGACUUACCAUGAGACCUCCGAGGCUACGGUAUUAGCUUAUUCCCUGUAUGGGAAAUUCGCUAAUAUUCCCUAUUGUCUUUCCUUGAUUGGAUAAGACAAUGAACAAACACAAGUUUUCACUUUUUAUCUCAUAAAUUUGCUAUGGAAAAGAAAGCCAAACCGAACUUAUUUUUAGUUUAACCCUAUUUUAAAUUCAUAUUGUUAACCAAAUAAAUAAAUAUUUCAAAAUAACUUUAGCCACCCAUUUUUGUUGGAAUGAAUUCCCUUUUAUGUGCAUUCAAUAAGGCUGCAUUUACGUUAUCAAGCACAACUAGUUACCUGCACAACUUCACAUUACGCUCUUUCCAAUGACACCAAAAACAUGUCAAUUGGUUCAGUAGUUUCGGAAGAGAAAUUGCCACAAAAACCUGCUUGUGUAUCGUAUAAGUAUAGAUAUUUAAGUUUGAAGUACAUGAACCUGCCUCAUAAUUUACAACAAAUAUUUUUCAAAAUUGAUUAAGACUAUUUGUAAUUAAUUUACCUAACUGGUGUGGUGAAGAAUUAAAAGGAGGCCGCCAAACAGAUAACAGGGAUUUAUUUUUUAUUUUGAAGACAAUAAAACUGUAUGGAUGAUGUUUGAUAUUUUUAGAAUAAUCAGCAGCUUCAAAAUUAUUUUAAUAAAUAAUAUGAGUA